AUGUCUGGCCCGGGACUAACCUCGAACCAGUCUUCCGCGCAGGGCGAUCUCUCGCGCUUUUCCGAUUCGGAGACAGAGCAGGACAGAUCUCCUCCUACAACCAAAACGACCUCGGACAUCCUCUCGGGCGUGUAUCGCGGCUUCAAAAAGUUCGCUCCAAGUCGAGACGGCGAAUCGAGGCUCACAAGACAGCCGUCACUUUCUCGCUUGGGCCUGCACAGCGUCUCGCCAAGCUUGACCUCGUCGCCCUCUCCCCCCACCUCUUCGACACCGACACCCGUUCCAAACUCGUCCAAGAAUCGCCCGGCCCAGCUUCAGCAUGGGAGGAGUCUGAGCCUACAGAGCAGCCUCGCCAAACCACUACCCGAACCGCCAGCGUCGUUUCCUUCUCCUACAGGGCCUGAAGCACCUCCUGCACAUUACAAUUUGGGGGGUCUCGGUGCCAUCGAGGAAGCUCCGGCCGAUGAUAUGUACAGUCGAACCAGUACGAUGGACUCAAGCGCCUCAGCAGAACGAGCUCAGAUGUACAGCGGCGGAUCAGGAUACAACGCCGACAUGGCCAGCAGCCAGAGUAGCUUAGCAAGCUCUUCGAGACAAGAUGGAGCCGACGAUAAUAAUAAUAGGGAACCACCGAACUUGACUCCGCGGAGCAACGGCCCCUUGUCAGCAGGCCCUUCUCCAUCUUCCAACCAACAAAGAACGCCCGCUUCGGCGGUUGGCACACCCACUGCGUCCUCGUCCUCGGCGCAUCUAUCCGGCCUCAUGUGCAAUGUGCAUAGGACAACAGGCAGGGAACCGCAUCCGCUUGUCGGAGCUACAACAACUAUACUAGGGGAUAAGCUUUAUGUAUUUGGAGGAAGAAUCCUGUCGCGGAGUCGCCCGGCUCCCCUGACAUCUGAUCUGUACGAGUUGGAUCUGAUCCGCAGGCAUUGGUCGAAGCUGGAAACCACGGGCGAUAUACCACCGCCUCGAUACUUCCACUCCAUGUGCCCGUUAGGAGACACUAAGCUGGUAUGCUAUGGAGGCAUGUCUCCCACGCCAAACCAAGCCAACGCCGGCCCAGAUCAGCAGCCAGAAGUAACCGUCAUGUCGGACAUUUACAUCUACGACGUUCCCACCCGAAAGUGGACCUACAUUCCAACACAAGAUCCCCCGCAAGGACGUUACGCUCAUUGCGCUUGCAUACUGCCUUCGUCAGCAUCGUUCGCCUCGCACAAGGCGCCACUGUCGGCAUUGCAGCACAAUCCAUCAUCCGGCAACCCCAACGAAGGGAGAAUAGGAAUCAACAUUGAUGGAACCGGCGGUGCCGAAAUGGUGGUGGUUGGCGGCCAGGAUGGCGCAAACCACUACAUUGAGCAAAUUAGUGUUUUCAACCUUCGCAGCCUCAAAUGGACCGCUAUCGAACCUCUCGACAAGAGCUGCGGCGCAUACAGAAGUGUCGUCGCUCCUUUACCCCCCUCUGUUACGGCACGAAUCGGGAAGUCAAGCGUCAAUGGAUACCAACGGGAAGGCGGCAUCAGCCAAGAAGCUCGGGAGCCUGGAUCCUCAAUGCUUAUCUACUCCAACUAUAACUUCUUGGACGUCAAGCUCGAACUACAAAUCCGAUCUUCAGACGGCACUUUGACGGAGAAACCUAUGUCAGGCUCUUACUCGCCCCCGGGGCUGCGGUUUCCGAAUGGCGGCGUCAUCGAUACCUACUUUGUCGUCAGCGGCACAUACCUCACGUCUUCGAAGCAGGAAUAUGCCUUGUGGGCUCUUGACCUCAAGACAUUGACCUGGUCGCGAAUCGAUGCGGGCGGUGCUGUCUUCAGCCAGGGCAGCUGGAACCGCGGUGUGCUUUGGAAUCGGAGGAACACUUUUGUGAUUCUCGGCAAUCGGAAACGAAGUCUCGUCGACGACUAUAACCAUCGACGUAUCAACUUUUCCAAUGUUUGCAUGGUCGAGCUGGAAGCUUUUGGAUUCUACGACAACCCGAGAAAGACGACGCCCAUGUCUGGCUUCGUAUCAGCCAGUAGUCCUUACACCAGCCCGGGAUUAAGUUUGGCUAGAAAAGCAGGAACUACGGCCGGAGGGCGUUCCCACUCUAGGGCAGCUGAGGAGCUUGGUGAAAAGGCACUAGCGAUGCGGGAGCUUUCCGACAUGGAUAUCCUUUGCUUACACGGGGAGCGGAUACCCAUCAAUUCUAGAAUGGUGGCACGGCGAUGGGGACCCUACUUUGUGCAGCUGUUGCGAGAAGGGACGGCAACUCAGGAUGGUAGUGAUGCCAUGACUCUUCGAUCUGGAGUCAACAACCCCAUCAGAAAUUCCGCUCUUACAAUCACCCCAUCCCGUAAUACAGCCGAAAGCUCGACGUCCAUGGCCAGCACUGUACUCUCAUCCGGUUCAUCGGCGAAGGCCCCGAGUACAGCUCCGACCAGUGCCUCAGCAGCCUCGUUCUCCCUACCGGGCUCGGCCGGCGGUGUCGACCCCGCCACAGUCAACUCGGCCCCGACCCCGAGGUCUCUGCCACCGAACUCGCGACCUCGAUGCUUGUACCUUCCUCAUACCUAUCUCACGGUACAGGCCCUCCUGCACUUCCUCUACACGUCUUCACUGCCGCCUCCGUCAUCGCCAUUGUGCACACCUCCCAUCCUGUGCUCACUUUUGCAAAUCGCCCGCCCAUACCGGGUUGACGGGCUUCUCGAGGCAGUAGUCGAGCGCCUACACGCCCUCUUGGACUCGAGAAACGCAGCCGCCGUCUUCAACGCGACCGCCAUGGCCGCCGGCGGUGGCCGCGGCAUCGACGGCUCUCUCAACCCCAACUUCUUCGUACCCUUGGACGCUAUGGGCUCUCCGCUGUUCCCUUCGGAAGAAUCCCAGAACGGCAGCACCGGCGCAGACGGACUUUCUUCGCGCACCGCGGCGCUGCGUAUCAACACCGCAAUGUCCUCCGGCCGGCCGUCCAGCGACGAACUCAGCGCCACAACGAGCGUUAGCGGGUCUGAAUGGAGCUCCGAGAUUGGCGACUCGGAGCGCGGUGGUAUGCGCGAGGUCUGGGGAGGCGAGCUCAGCUCCGUUAUCGGCCUGCAGAAGCGAGGACUGCGAGGUCUCAUGGAGGGUAGGAGAAUGCGUGAGCGCACGGGGACGAACUCGGGUGGAAGUAUGAGCGCUGGCGUGGGACCUUAUGGCGGCGGCGGCGGCGGUGGGCAAGGCCGUGUUGGCCUCGGGAUCGCUGGGCCGUGA